CGAAGUCCUGGGUGGAAAAUCCAGCAGUUGUCGGAGUGCAGGUUUUAAAACAACUUUGGGCCGGAAAGCUUUGCUGGACCUGGCAACCCCCUGAUCAUCACUGCACAAAAAUGUGACUGCACAGUCAGCUGUCCAGCACUUGAUCUUCCUAAGAGUAACUUGUAACAUGGAUCGCUGGAAAGGCAGGGUUGCUCUUGUCACUGGUGCUUCAGUGGGAAUCGGAGCUGCAAUCGCAAAGUCUCUUGUGCAGCAUGGCAUGAAGGUGGUUGGAUGUGCCAGAAAUCUACAGCAAAUAGAGAAUUUGGCAGCAGAAUGUGUCAGUAGUGGAUUCAGUGGCACUCUGUUCCCAUAUAAAUGUGAUCUGUCUGUAGAGGACGAAGUGUUAUCCAUGUUUUCCUGGAUCAAAGUUCAACAUCAGGGCAUUGACGUGUGCAUUAAUAAUGCUGGUUUGGCUCUUCCAGAGCCUCUAUUGAGUGGUAAAACCAGUGGCUGGAAGACUAUGAUGGAUGUGAAUGUCUUUGGCCUGUCAGUGUGUGUCCGUGAGGCUUACCAGUCCAUGAAAGAAAGAAAUAUUGAUGAUGGCCAUAUCAUUAAUAUUAACAGCACGAGUGGACACCGGGUCGUUAACAACGCUGAUGUACACUUUUACGCUGCCAGCAAAUAUGCCGUGACUGCUCUGACUGAAGGUCUCCGGCAAGAGUUACGCGAGGCCAAAACCCACAUACGUGCCACAUGUAUAUCUCCUGGUUUUGUGGAGACAGAAUUUGCCUACCGGCUCUUUAGUCAAAACCCAGAAAAGGCUGAGGCUGCCUACAAAAUUAUAAAGUGUCUGCAAGCAGAUGACAUAGCGAACGCAGUGGUGUAUGUCCUAAGUGCUCCUCCUCAUGUUCAAAUUGGUGAUGUUCAGAUGAGGCCUGUGGAACAGUUGACUUAACCUGAGGAGAUAAACAGGAUCAGGAAUGAGGAGAUAUGGAGAUAAAUAGGAUCACUGACAUCUUAAUCAUCUAAAAUCUCAUAUAUGGGCUGUCCAAAGUCAGAAUUGCAAACGUCUUGAAAAAAAAUUGUCCUUUUCCACAAAUUUAUGUAUACAAAUUGUAUAAUAUCCAAGGUACACAUUUCUAGUAAUUGUGCAGUUAAUUCUCAUAUUGUAUUUUCAGAAAGUUUUGGAAUAUUUUUCCUCUCCCCAAAAUUGUCACUACCAAAACACAAAAAUAAAUAAUUUAAUAAGAAGGGUUACAUUGACCUAUUAAGAUUUUGUUUACAUCUUCCUUGUAAAUAUAUUUUCACAGGUAAAUCAAUAACAAUUAUAAUUUGAACAAUAUUUCAAGUGUAAUUUAUGAGAUUAGUUGUAUUUUGAAUCCAAUCUUUCUUUGUAAAAGGCAUAAUGUUUAUCAUACUUAUUUCAAAGUUAAGGAUUCAUUAGUUUGAACAUAUAUUGAACCAAACACUAUAAAAGCAUCUUAGUUGAUAAUUCAAUAUACUUUAUUUUUGAUAAAACAUCCCAUGUUUCGGUUGUGACUACACAUUUUCGGUAGCGACCACAUCUUAUAGAAUUUUAACUCGCAUACUAAAACAUACUAAAAUACUAAUGAUUUGCAUAACUGUACUAAAGUUUUGCUUAUUUUUCCCCAAAUAAAUGAUUGUUCCCUUUUGUCACUACCAAAACAAUGAAGACAUGUUUCGGUAGUGACAAUUUUUGAUCCUUUUGAGUCCAGCUCAAAGAUACUAAUCAGCACAUGGUUAGCUAGCACAGUUCUGAACAGUUGUACAAACAUAAAAACUAAAUUUUAUGGAAUAACACCCAAAAAACGAUGCCGUUUCGGUAGUGACUGUUUUGGUAGUGACAAUUUUAGAAACUUUUGAGUCCAGCUCAAAGAUGCUAAUCGGUACAUGGUUAGCUAGCACAGUUCUGAACAGUUGUACACACACAAAAACUAAAUUUUAUCAAAUAACCCCCCAAAAAAGUGCUUAAAUGCAGAAAAAAGGUGUUUGGUAGUGAUGUUCCUUAAAGUUACACACAGAUUUUCAGACUUUUGAACACAUUUAAAUCAAAAUCAUGGGAUCUACUAUGAAAGAGGCUAUGAGAGGGAGGGACACAGGAAUAUUUCCUGAUCAAAAAUGUAGAAGUGUGGUUAAAUCAGUCUCAGCCAAUGAACUAAAACAUUCACUGUUUCAGUAGUGACAUGAAAAUGUGGGACACAUUUUUUUACAUAAAGUUUCAUGAUUUUGAAAUAAAAUCUAAAAUAAAUAUUUAUUUUUUUAGCUUCACUUUUUUUUUAAAAAAAAUCAAAAAUGUAUUUUUAAGAACAACAAUAUUUUCACAAGUUGAAAUUUAGGGGUUAGGGUUCAGGACAGCCACCUCCCAAUUGAAAGUACCCAAUAAAUUAUUAUUAUAUAUAUAUAUAUAUAUAUUAAGCUUACUGAUAUUUUAAAUUUUAUUGUGGCAUUCAAUAGAUAAUAGAAGGAUCUUAGUAAACAUCUAAAAUCAGAAUACUUAAUGCUUUUUAAAUGUGUUUUUGGUUGUGGGACAGCAGUUUGCACCAAUUCUGUAGAAUAGUUUCAAAUAUUAAAUAGGAAAAACCACAAUAAUGUCCCUAUAAACUGUUUCUGCACUCCAGAUCUUUUGAAAUGCAAAUAACAAGAACACAAAACACUGAUAUGUCUGAUCAUAAAGUUUACAUUUUUUAAAUAAUUAUUUAUCAAAUCUAUGUUAUUAAAAAAAGAAAGUUUUGAAAAAAAGAGCUUUUGUGCUCAAGUAUUGAGUUAUCAAUCUUGCAAAAUGCAGAAUGAGUGUAUUUUUUGCUUUACAUUGAUUAUAGUGAUGAAUAUUCACAAAUGUUUUGAAGAUUGUUGAGGAAAUCUGAUGCUUUUUAUACAUUUCUUUUUCAGUUAUGUGCCUGCAGUUCUGAGCUGCUAUCUAUUUUUAAGUGAUGCACUAAUAAAAGAAGAGAGAUUUAUGUCAUGCUUUU